GUUUUUUUUUCGAGUGAGAAAGUGUGCACAAGUGAUCCUUUAUUAACUGUAAUUUUAAAUGGUAUCUAACAGAACAUAAAGGUCCAUUGUUUUAGCUCGUAUGUGACAGUGACAUGGUUGCCACCAUUGUAUGCAGACCCUUCAGCUAACUUACCUGACCAUAUAGCAGAAUGUGACUUCAUCUUACUCCCUUCCUGGGCAUCAAACCAUUGGAUGAUAUGUUACUUGCACAGCAACUACAUCCUGGGCUGUGGAAAGAGUAUGGACGUGAUGAUCUCAACGGUGCUCCAAGGCAGAAUUGGUCAAAUAAUUGUGGAGUGUUUGUGUUGAUGUACACACUCUAUGUUGUAAUGGGAGGCGUCUUUGCUUUUUCUGAGUCUGACAUGGCUGCAGUAAGGAGAUGGUGGUGCUUGCUCCUGCUAACAAAUUAUCCUGUGAAAUCAGAUGCUGAAAGAAAGCUACUCAGAAAAAGGCGCAAAGAAAUGAAAACAGGAGAAUUGGAAAAGGAAGCAGAAGCUGAUUACAUAAGUAAGCAGAUGCCACCUGAGAUCCUGAGACGUAUCCUCUUGAAUGUGGUCAAAGAAGAUGGAGAUGUGGCCUUCUUCAGACUGUGUCUGACGUGCUGGCUUUUCCAUGAUGUUGUUUGUGACGCAUCAUUCAGAAAAGACGCUCAUUUAGCCUGGCUUGACAGUGUUGUCAACUGGAGUGCAUACUCCAGUGACUACAAGGAGAUGUACCGAGUGCCAUAUAAAGUGACCAGUUGCCUUUGCUGUGGGGACUUAUUUAAAGACUUCCCGCCAGGCUAUAUUGGAGAUGGAAGGAAAGGAAUCCUUCGUGCAUUUUACUCGACCAAAGAGUUUGAAGGUUACUGCUCAGCAGACUGCUUCAUUUGUGACGGCAAUCACUAUAGCCCCAAGGACAACAAUUUAUAAAGUUAAAUAGGAAUUGUCACUUAGGUGACAAUUGCUUGAUCUGACUGUUUGUAUAUUGAACUUAAAUUCAGGGUUUGUUUUCUUUUAUUAUUUUUUUUUUAAUAAAUGUAAUUGCAUGUCUUGCAGACACUUAACAGCAAAUUAAGAGGAAUCUU